AUGAAGCUACACAGCUUCUUACUCCCGACUCUGGCCGGCAUCGCCGUUGCCAGGGUAGAAGAACAGCCACAACACGCAGAAACCUACAUCAUCACGCAAGCUGAGACGACCACCACCUCCUCGAAUCCUCCGUCCAUACCGAACGAUCUCGCCCGAGCCAUCCUCCUCCAACGCCUCAGUACCCCCGAUAAACCGUCGGCGCUGGGCCGACUUCCCGAGUCCCUCGCCGACACCGACGCCGUCUCCUACAUCAAGCAAUUCGGCAAGCAGCCCCGGCCGCUGUUCGAAGACGCCGCCAGCGAAUCGAGCCAGCUGGUCAUCACCUUCUCCGGCAUCACCGCCGACAACUAUGAUAGCCUGAGGGCCGCCCUGUCGCCCCUGCCCGUCAGCUUCACCGUCCCGGGACUGAGCCGACUGCCCACCAGCCUAUGGAAUCAGAAGAAGCGGAGCUGCGCGUUCGCGUCGUCCAUCAACCCAGAGGACGGCAAGUGCUGGAAGGGCCAGACUCAGUACCUAGCGUACGACGCCGUCAAGGACAGCAGCGUGAUCGCCGAGCUGGGCAAGAACCUCGACGCGCUGCGCGCCCGGGCCCGUGACGGCAAGCUCGAAACGACCAUCGUGCUGCUCGCGCCCGCCGGGGCGGCACCGGAGGAGCUCCGGCGGCGAGACGGGUUCGAGUCGGAGGAGGUGAUCGCGGUGAAGGACGCGGACGGCGCGCGCGCCGCGUCGGGGCCGGGGGCCGGGACCACGUUCGUGUCGGACAGCAAGCCGCUGCACGCGUUCGCGUCGCGGCCGCCGCCCGUGUUCCCGGCCUGCUUCGCGUCGCACAACGCGUGCGUCACCGCGACGGACAGCUGCUCGGGACACGGCGAGUGCGUCAACUGGUGGGCCAAGCGCGGCGCCGCCAAGCGCGACGGUGACGGCGACGGCGACGGCGACGCGUGCUUCGCCUGCCACUGCCUGGCGACCCCGCACGGGCCCAACAACGUGCAGCGCUGGGGCGGCGGCGCCUGCCACAAGCGCGACGUCAGCACGCCGUUCUGGCUCUUCGUCGGCGUCGCCACCGUGCUCGGCGCCACCGUCGCCUUCGCCGUCGGCCUGCUCUUCUCCGUCGGCGAGCAGAAGCUGCCCGGCGUCAUCGGCGCCGGCGUCUCGCGGUCCAAGUGA